AUGUACUCACCAACGUUUUCUACUAGAACAGAAUCUUCAUCAAGAACUACAUCAUCUACAACUAAAACUCCACCUUUGGAAAUGGGUCUCAAUAAACUAAACAACAAUCAGAAUAACAAGAAUGUCCCUGACGCAACAAAUAUGGGGCAUCUGUAUCUGAUGCCUGUGGCUGAUAUUCACGGAUUAAUGACAGACAAGGACGAUAUUUCUUUAGAUAUAUUCAAAAUGUACAAUAAAAGGUACCUUCCUCAAGAACAUCAACAACAACAUCAACGAAUCUCAAAUUUAGCAUGGAGAAUAAGCUCAAACAAAAGCAGAGUGAAUAAACCAGCAAGAAGAUCAAGUUCACAAUCAUCAGCAUCAUCAGUCUCAUUGCCUAUGUCCGGUUUACCUCCUGGUGUACCACCAGGUAAACUGACAGUUAGAAACAAUUCAAUCACUAAAUCAUUAAAUCAAACCCUUUUGAACGAUUCCAGUUUGGAUGAAUUUGACUAUGUUGCUCAUAUUAGAAAGAUAAGUCAAGAAGAGUAUUCCCAACAAAGUCCAAAGCUAUCACCUAACAACAAUACUAUGGGUAUUAACAAUAACAAUAGUACUAAAAACAACACUAGUUUUCUUUCAUCAUAUAUUUCCUCUCUAGAAUCAACUUUGAAGCAACAACAACAACAACAUCAUCGUCAUCAUCAAUCACAAUCACAACAGCUGGCAUCAGUGCUACAAUCUGGUCAAUCCAAAAAAGUAUUACAGUGCACUAAAUGUCAAACACGAACAACCCCACUUUGGCGGAAAUCCAACAGUGGAGAUUUGCUUUGUAAUGCUUGUGGGUUGUUCUAUAAAAUGAUUCAACAAAAUCAAGGUACUUCACAAAACCACCCGGCCAAACUGCAAAUUACUUUACAUAAUUUUGUUUCAAAUAAUGACCAACCUUGGGGAUUUGAUAAUGGUGUUAUUCCAGAUUUCACCAAUUUUGAUACCCUUGUGGGUUCAAAUAUAAAUGCCACUAAUAAUAACAAUAGCAUUGAUAAUAAUGUUGAUGAAAUUGAUAAGCUAUUGAAUAUGAACAUAUUUCAAACAGAUUUUUCCCACAAUAAUAAUCAACAUCAGCACCACGAUGAGUUGGAUUUAUUGUAUCCCAAUGAAUUACCUCCAGGUGGUAGUCACUAUAAUGAUAUUGACAAACAUAAUCACGCCACGACUAAUGAGUCCAAUACUAAUCCAACAACAAAUAAUUCUUGGAAUUGGUUGGACUUUAGUCCUCCUGUAUAA